AUGGAUGCGGAUUGCUGGCGCCCUGCCCCCGGCUCAGCAAACACCGACGCCAUUGCGGCUUCAGUCUCACUUCGCCGGAAGUUCCCUGGCCGAGCGGCGGGGAGGGUCAAAUAUCUACUUCCGGGACGCCUCCCGGCGCGGGCGACCGGCCGCGCCGGACUCCUCCCAGGCAGCAGGGGGCGCGCCGCCCGUCGGCCGGCGGCUGCAGAGAGCCCUCCCGGGCGCCAGGUGGCCCCCGUCGCCGGCGCCAUGUGGGAGGACUCACGACGCGCACUCCCACCGGCGGUUGUCCGUGCAGAGGGGGCACGGGGGGUCGCCCGCCGUCGCGGCCGCUUCCAGGGUGCGAUCGGCCGGCCGCCGCUCCGAAACAAGCGCGCUGCAGUACCCUGUGCCGGACAGACGGGGGCCAGGCCGAUCGGUAGUAACCCGACCAGGACGGCGGGCGGCGCUGUCCGCGGAGUCGCCCGAUCGGGGGGCUCAAUACCCCCCAAUAUUCACCUCAUUGGGGUGGGCUGGAGUCCCGUCGGGAUCCUGAUCUACAGCGGGGUUCAAAACCGUGGUGCUGCACGACGGCGUGCUCCCAACCUUGAAGAUCACCGAUUGAGUUUCAGUGGGCCCAGGUUCGGCCUGAAGUCCGCGGCCCCUGUGGAAAUGCAUUCUCGCGGUGUCGUGUACUGAAGCCGGAGAAUCGAAGACAGUAUGAGAGGCUGUCAGAGGGUCUGCAUUCGAUAAUCAACCGACGUCUGUCUCUGUAGCAGGAGCCUGAACCUCGAAGACAGUGUGAGAGGCUGUCAGAGGGUCUGUAUUCGAUAAUCAACCGACGUCUGUCUCUGUAACAGGAGUCUGAACAUCAAAGACAGUAUGAGAGGCUGUCAGAGGGUCUGCAUUUGGUAAUUGAUCGCUCUCUGAAUAUUGAGGGAGAGUUCACUGCCAAUUCCAGAGUUGGGGGACUGGAAAUAAAAAGCAACACUUCAGACUGACUAAUGCCGAAAUGGUGACUGCUUGUCUCCGCUGUCGCUGUGGAAGGGGCGAUAUCUGGCCCUCCCUUGUUAGUGAGCGAGAGAGAGAGAGUGGGAUGUCGGAUUGUUGGAGUGAACAGUUAGGUUUUGAUGGACUCUAGACCAUAGUGUCUCUUUGGGGGCUUUGCUGUAUCUGGCAUGGAGGGUGGUGGGAAUGCUGAUGCUUUCUGCUAGAGUAGGCGGGGAGGGGGGAGCUUGCUGCUUAUGUGUGGGAGGGGAGAGCGGGAUUUUGGGCUCUUUUUUCUCUGUUAUUCUUGGAGGGGGUCUGUUCUGUUUCGAGGACGUCUGUGGAGAGUAGGUAUUUCAGGUUGUAUACUGUACGCUAGUGGUCACCAAACUUUCUAAGCCCAAGAUCCCCUAGCUCGGCCUUAGUGAAAGGCAAGAUCGACCUACUAAAUCAUUUAGAGAAAAACACAGCUCAGAUUGUACUAACUUGAGGCCUUUUAUUUGGGCCAAUUGUAUUUUAAUUACAUAAAAUGCUUUUGUCAAACUUUCAAAUUAAUUCAACCAAUAGAACACUGUAACUAGCAUAUCAAACAGGCCAUAGCAGCACUUUGCCGCGACUCAACCACCGAACGUCAGCAUGAAGAAUUAUGUCUCUGUAAGCGGCAUCGAGCCCAUCCAGUAACGCCUGAAUAAGCGGUGCUGAAGCGUUUUUGCUCGAAUCAAGUUUAUUAGUUUGACCGCCAGUGUCAUUACGUGAGAAAAGUCCACGACCUUCCCAGCCAAGGCCUGCUGAUGAAUCACACGGUGGUAAUCCAGGAAGUGGGGAAAAUCAGGGUCAUUACGGCUAUAAAAACCAACGCGCACACCGUGCAUUGCGGGGGCCCCAUCAGUAGUAAUUGCCACCCGUUUAUGAAUGGGCAUGUCAUGUUCACGGACAUUGUUUAAACUCAUUGUAAAUAUCCUCACCUCUCGUUCUCUCCUUUAAGUGCAAAAGAGUGAGGAAGUCCUCCUUUGUUGAAAAAUCCUGAAAAGCCGUUCUGACAAAUACAACAAGCUGAGCUGUUUGCAUUACAUCCAGGGAUUCAUCGAACUGUCGUGAAAAAUAUUCACAGAGUGACAAGUCCUUUAACGCUUGUCGACCCACGUCCUCUGAGCCUUCAAACCCAACUUCAGCUCCUCAACUUUCCUGGUAUUGGUAAACUGUUACUGAGACACUAGUAUUUAAGUUUCAGGGGUACACAAGCUAAUGACACCACUGUUUUUGUUUCCCAUUUUUUUACAUUUGGGGAAUGUUGGAAUUUAAAGGGGGAGAAGUGUUGUACUGUGAGCAUUAUAAAGAUAAGUUUAUACCAAUUAGGAUCAUGGUAAAACUGUUUGUAAAGAGAGAUUGUUUCCGGGGUUGCGGGGUUUUCCUUCCGGUCUUUUCUGCCCGGUACCGGCGCAUUAGUGAAAACCUCUGAAUGCGAAUAUCGUUUUACCAUCCUAGAUAAAGUUUUUCCUUUUGGGCAUGAA